CCGCGCCACGAGAUGGUAGAUCUCGCGAGAAAACGCGUCGUGGCCCAGGAAACCGCGUCGCGGUAGCAAAAGAUGGCGAGCCGAAGUUUGAGUUUUAGGGGACGCGGCGUCCCGGGGGCCCCACUCCCGUCGCUGGAUCUUCUCGCCCAGGAGCAAGAGUAUAAGCUUUUAAAUGCAGAAUUGGAAGCAAAAACAGCUGAUCUUGUUCAACAAGCUGAGGAAGCAAUAAGAGCGCAUCAGGAGGUACAAUCUAGGACUUUUUCAACACAAAAUAAAUCAUAUGAAGAGGAAGAAGCUUAUAGCAUAGGAGGUCCAUUAUCAUCUGAAGGGAUAGUUCAUCUACGUUCAGAAACUAAGCUGAAGAACAAAAACACUGAUCCUAUAGACAAAGUUCAAAAUAAGCUACAAUGUGUAAAUAAGGGAAGGAAAGCAAAUUCAAGUGUUAAAUUGAAAUAUUGCAGUGUACAAACUGCCAGCGAUGUUGCCAUUCCAGAGGAUUUCUCAGACUUUUCUCUUGGGAAGACAAUUAGCAAAAUUGAAGGGCAGCUAGAGGAAGAAGGCUUACCUGAACAUACAGAUGAUGAGAUUUUCUCUGGUGUUAGUAAAGAUAUUGGAACAAAGGCACAGAUCAGAUUUCUAAAGGCCAAACUGCAUGUUAUGCAGGAGGAGCUGGAUAAUGUUGUAUGUGAGUGCAAUAGAAAGGAGGAUGAUAUUCAGGAUUUAAAGGCUCAAGUAAAAAACUUUGAAGAAGAUCGCACAAGGCAGCAGCGAACAAUUAAUAUACAACAGUCCCAAAUAGAAAAAUACAAAAAUCUUUUUGAAGAAGCAAACAAAAAAUGUGAUGGAUUACAACAACAAUUAUCUUCAGCAGAAAGGGAAUUAGAAAAUAAAAAACGACUACAAAAACAGACUGCCACCAGUCAGAGUGCUACAGAAGUUCGCUUGAAUAGAGCCCUAGAAGAAGCAGAAAAGUAUAAAUUGGAAUUAAGUAAACUGAAGCAAAAUAAUAAGGAUAUAGCAAAUGAAGAACACCAAAAAAUUGAAGUGUUAAAAUCAGAAAACAAGAAGCUAGAAAAACAAAAAGAAGAAUUAAUGAUAGGUUUCAAGAAACAAUUAAAAUUAAUUGAUGUUUUAAAAAGGCAGAAGAUGCAUAUUGAAGCUGCCAAGAUGCUGUCUUUCACUGAAGAAGAAUUUAUGAAGGCACUUGAAUGGGGAAAUUCAUAAAUGAUCCUGUAAUUGUGUGAUGGAUAUCAAUUUUAUUUAAUUGCAGUGGUUUGCAUUAUUUUUACUCUUCACAAGUAAUGAAAAUAUUUAUGGAAUCAGGAUUUCAAAGAAUUCCUUGUUUAGAUAUAUGAAUAAAACAAAAUUAAUGUAUUUUUCUGACAUGUAGUUAUGAUAUAUUUAUUAAAGUAGCAAAAAGUUAACUUUGUUUUUUGGCGGGGAGGGGUACCGGGGAUCGAACUCAGGAUCUUGCUCUUGAAAAGCAGGUGGCGGAACAGCUGAACUAAAUCCCCAGCCCUCACAAAUUUAACUUUUGAAUCUACGUUUCUUACAGCCUUGUAAACUUUUGUGACUUUUUUGCAACUGAACUAAAAAAUAGAUUCUGGGAGAGAAUGGAGCAAGAUGGGAGAAAUUUCCAGGAGUCUUCCCCGGACUCAACUAGUGUAGCACUGAGAAUGACCAGAAGCCCACAGUUGCGGUUUGCCUACUGCUGAAGUUUACGCAUAAUUAAAGGCUGCAGUGAUGCAAGCUGGCAGUUCUGAGGUCAAGCAGCCCCCACCCUCUAGAGCUGCAAUUGCUAUAGCAGUCAGGGGCUUACAGAUCACAGAUGGUCUGCCCAGAAUAUCUGCACAAAGUUAAAACUAAAGACUAAAGACUUUAACUAAAGUUAAAACUAAAACUUAAAGGCUGAUUGCAAAGACUGAAAGUAGUACCACCUACUUUAGUGUUCUGACACUGUUACAUGACCACAGGGAUCAAGAAGCAGAGAAACAUGAUGUUUCUACAGAGAAGUCAACAAAGAAUUCAAAUAAGCUGUUUCAGGAAAGCUCAGUGAACUUCCUGAAAAUAGAGAAAAAGUUAAAAAUGCAUCUGAUUGAAAAAUCAAAGUACAAUAAACAAAAUUUAAAAUUUAAUAGUACCAACCAUCGAAUUGAUCAACCACAAGAAAAUCUGUGACCUCUAAGUUUAAUUAAAAACAUAUAAAGGAGAAAAAAGAAUGAUAAAGAAUGAAGAAAUCUUGUGGGACUUAUGGGCUAAGCAUCAAAAGACCAAAUGUAUGCUUAAUGACAUCUAAGGAAGCAGAGAAAAAGGGUAAGAAUGCACAUUUAAAGAAAUAAUAAAGAACUUUCCAAACCUGAAGACAUAAAUAUUCACACAUCAGAAGGUCAAAGGUCUCCAGUGAUUCAAACCAAGACUAUCUCCGUGACAUUUUUUUCUGUAUCAGGGAUUGAACUCAGGACCUUGCACUUGCCAGGCAGGUGCAGCACCACUGAGCUACGUCUCCCACCCUCCGUGACAUAUAAUGAAAUCAAAGACUGUUAAAGAUCAAAGACAGGUAGUGUCCUAAAAGCAAGAGAAAAGCAAAUCUCAUAGAAUGUAGUUCUCGUAUACCUGGCAGCUGGCUUCUCUGCAGAAACCUUAAAGGCCAAGACAGACUAGAAGAUGCAUGCAAUGAGAUGAAUUGGGAAAAACUGCAAGCAUGCAUAAACUAUACACAGCAACGCUAUUCAUCAAAAAUGAAGGUGAGACAACGACUUUCCAAGACAAAACCUAAAGGAAUUCAUCACCACCAAAUUUGCCUUAUAAGAAAUACUUAAGGAAGUUCUUUAAGAAAAGGAUUCUAAUUAGCAACAUAGAAACAUGAUAAAAUUUAGUAAAAAUACACAGUUGAAUUCAUAAUAUUCAAUACUGUAGUGAAGCAUAAAUAAAUGAGUAUUGAGAUAUAUAAAACUGUAAAUUGGGACAUGAAAAUAUAAAAUGGAAAUGUAGACUAAAAGGAUAGUUAUUUUUGGGAUCAAAGUUGUCCACCGGGAGGGCAGCUGCAACA